AUGACUCGCAAAGCCUCGGCCAAGGACUCGGCGUCCAAAACAGCUUCUCUCGUCUCCUCUGAACCGAAAGCCUGGUAUGACGUUAUUGGGAUAUAUCUCACCUCCGCAGAAAAGAUCGCGGACGAAGAUGCUCUGAAAGCACUGGUGGAAUACAUUGUGGAACUGGCAAGUCUUCCCGAUGCUAUCAACGAGAGCCAUGAAACGGUCGUCAUCGAUCACAUAGGCCACGCCGGGGCGUCGGUGCCUAUCGAGCCCGGAGAACCCCUCGUGAUGGGGUAUGGAGGGGAGAGACUGUGGAGGGACUUGCCAGACUUGAGUAUGGAACUAACAGAGCGCUUUCAAGGACCUGAGCAGUACCUUUCAGAUACACCAUCACCAGCGGACCUUGAAGCUGCAAAGACGUUAUGGAAGAACUUCAACGCUUUCCUCGCCCUCAUAGCCACAAGCGCUAGGGUGCAGACAAUUCCAGUCCUUGCAAAUGGGAUUCGCAUGGCCCGCAUGACCUUGGUGACAGCCCUUGAACACUCGCCGAACACACGCAGGGGCAAGGGGACUGAUCUGCACAUACCCGCUGCUGAGGCAUGGUUCCAGAUCGCGGGCGAUGAGAUUGGAAAGCUUUGUGAAGCUGGGACGGAAACGUUACCCCCGGGUGAUCUUUGGGCCAGUCAAGGGGGCGGGGACCUUUGCGACAGUGCUAGAUUGGAGUUUUGGAAGAGGAGAAUGUCUGAGUUGGGGGCCAAGUAUGGGGAAACAAAGUAG